AUGGAUUCCACAACAGGGUCGCCGAGCUCUGGUGCACCUGGUGCGAUUCGCACGCGCAAUAAACCUCUCGCCAACAUCACCAAGCGCGCGUGUGACCAAUGCAAGUUCCGCAAGAUCAAGUGCAGCUUGUCUCAACCCUGCAAGGCCUGUCAGUCUAUGGGAUUCGAUUGUACAUUUCUGCAACCGCAAAAGAAGCGCGGUCCAACCGGACAUCGCGUGUCGCAAAUUCGACAGCAGCAAACUCAUCUCGUCCCGAAUAGUCCACAGGACCAAAUUGGCAAACCCGAUGCGUUCCAAUAUCACAUUCCAACCUCCUCGGUCGAACCUGGCCAACCCGUUUCCUUGUCGGGAUCAUCCUGGGCGCCGACCCCCGACGUCGCGAUACCAGUGAACGGCGCUGCGGGCCUGGCGCCAUCACCGGCUGUUGACGCUUGGGGUUCUGAGAACGCAUCGUUGGAAUCUCAUGGCAGCAGUGCGGUAGGCUGGAAUGACCACCAGGAUGUGGAAUACUGGCUUCCCGAUAAUUUGGGCGCCCAGGUGCCCGUUUUUGAAUUCCCAGGAAGCAAUAUCUAUCUCAAACCAUCCUUACCAUCCAUCGUCCAGACACCCGAUGUUCCGGCCAUGAACAUACAUCCACAUGAACACCAGAACAUCUAUUCCCCAGCAGUCGGGUCCGCCGGAUCAUUGCCGUCGGAGAACCUAGAGGGUGAAGAGUUCUGGCCUGCCUCGAUCAACGAAGCGAACAUGAUCCCUUGGAUUGAUGUGUACUUUGACCGAUUGCAUCCCACCGUCCCAGUGCUAAGCCGGGCUUCCCUAUUCACGCGCAUGAUGUGCCAAGAGCAUCGCAAAAACCCUCAAUUCGGAGCGAUGACACUAUCGCUAUGCGCAUUUUCACUCACCCAGCCAAUUGAAAUCAACGAGCGCCCGACUGCGUCCCGCGCCACUCAAGCGCGGUUGAUGAUGCACGAAGCCACUAAGAUGCGGAGCUGCUCUGACUUUGGCGAAAACCCCACAAUCGAGGCCGUUCUGACCAGCUUCUUCCUUUUCGGCUGUCUAUUCGGAAGCAACCAGCAUAACGCCGCUUGGCUUCGGAUGCGGGAAGCUUUGGAUCUUGCCUCUACCCUGGGUUUGAAUGACCCCAACUCAUAUCGUGAUCUUCCCGGUGAAGAGAAAGGUCAACAUUUAAGGACUUACCUUGUGUUGUCCAUCACAGAGAGAGCGUAUGCCCUUCAAAGACUCCACCCAGUGACGUUUUCAGGAAAACCUGGGUUCAGCAUGCGUUCUGUGCACGAAUUUCUACAUAAUGCGACUCAUAGUCUUGUCUCAGGCAUCAUUGUCCACAACGAGAAAGAUGCCGAGGGCAUGAUGGGCCUUGCGAGAAUGAUGGAAUUGUUCGACUCGAUUGAUGAAGAUUUCAUUCAUUGCUGGAAUAGACGGUGCGACAUCAAUACCGGCUUUUGUCCAAAGUUUACCGAAGCCAAGGCACUAUCUAUGCAUGACAGCCUUGCGCGAGUUAGCCAAGCUGAAAGAUAUAAAGGAUAUGAUUGGUUCGAAAGAGCAAAGGGAGAUGGUAAUGACAGCAACGCUCUCCUGGCCAUCGGCCUGCGCGAAACCCAAGCUGCAGAUGUGUUCGUCACGCAGAAAUGGAUUCAUAACCGUGUUUGGCUUCUAUGCCUGUAUCACGGCCUCCUCCGAGCGAAUCCAGAGCGACCGGAAAUGACCUUCGGCUACGCAGUCACCAUCGCAGAAUCGGCGCUUCAAACAUGUCGAUCAUUACGACUGAGCUCUAUGGAAGCCCAUGGAAUCGGCCUUACCGAGAAAUUGUAUGAUAUCGCCAUAGGGGCCACCGACAUCCUUUGUAACAUCAGCCCACCAUUUGGUACCGGAAUGACCCCCUUGGGAGCCUACCCCGAAUCAAUCUCCCCAUCCUCAACACCACAGUCAUUGGCAGAAGACUUCUUACUUCUCUUCAGAAGCUUCCGGGGUGGAAACCAUCCGUACUUGGAGAAGUACCAAGCCCACCUACGCUCGCUACACAUUCCUGCGAGCAAGGGUUCAGGCUGGGCUCAGCAAUGA